AUGCUUAUUUUGAUAUCUUCUCUGGAUUGUAAGUUGAAGCCACCCUUCUUAUCAGCUAAAGACGAGGUGAUAUUUUGCAGGUGGCAGGUGUGGGAAAGAAACUUUUGUUUUUUGUUUCUUCGCUGGUUCGUCUGUCUUGCCUCCUUUUUUUUAUCAUUCAAGGUCGUAAAGAUCAUAAGGGUCAAGCCCUUUCUUGUUACAUCACUGGUUGCAAUCACCUUGGUGUGCUUGGUUCAUCCAGCUUUGGGUCUCUUUAUAUUGCUCUUAUGCCAAGCUUUAUGCUGUCACAAUGCGCUGUCCAGUUUUUUGACGGCUUCCUUUCGCAGCCAUGCCCAAAAUAAGGAGUUAUUUGAUUCCAGAAAUGAAGGCGACCAAAGCUCUAAGCAACUUGUAUUCAAAUAUGAUGGUGGAGUCAACAAGCAAUUUCCUGUGGACGAGAAUAGUUCCAGCAGCCCAGACUCUGCAAGAAGCUAUGAAGACACACAGUUAGAGAUCUUCCACCACUGCCAUGGCUUGCUGGUUUUACAUCUGCUUGCAGCACUGAUGUUUGUCCCCUCAUUUGUGGCUUGGCUGCAGAGAAUAGGUAUAGGUCAAAGCUUUCCAUGGUUCUGGGAUUCAGCAUUUUGUAUUGGUGUCAUCCUCCAUGGUGUUUGUGAUUCAAAGCCUGGGUUCGAUUUUUUCUUGUUUCCCUUCCCAGGCAUCCAGGGAUGGGAAGUUAGCCUAAGCUUUGCCUACUUGCUCUCUGGAUACUAUUCCUAUCUUUCGGGCUUGGCCUUGGCUCCUUACAGAGCAUUUUAUGCCAUGGCUGCCAUUGGAUUUGUUUCCUUUGCGUUCAGAAUCUUACAGAGAAGGAGCAGGGAGAAGGGUGAUGCAUAUAAUAGCGGCCGAAAGCAUUCUCACAGACACUAA